GAAAUAAAAUCUUAUACCAAUAACAAUACAAAAACACCCUUUUCUCCUAAAAUCUCAAUCACCAUAUCAUCUUCUUCCCAACGCAAAUCCAUGGAAGAUAUAGGUGAUGAAUACCAGAACAUCGGCGAUGAGUAUAAAAACUAUUGGGAAACCAAUAUGUUUCUCCAAACCGAAGAAUUCGAUAGUUGGGGCGGAUUGGAGGAAACAUUUUCCGGCUACUAUGAUUCAAGUUCGCCGGACGGAACUCAGUCGUCGGCGGCCUCCAAAAACAUCGUUUCAGAGAGAAACAGGAGGAAGAAGCUCAAUGAUAGGCUCUUUGCACUUAGAGCAGUGGUCCCUAAUAUAAGCAAGAUGGAUAAAGCGUCGAUAAUUAAAGACGCAAUUGAUUAUAUUCAACAUUUGCAUGAACAAGAGAGGAUUGUUCAAGAGGAAAUAAUGAAACUCGAGAAACAAAAAUCAGAAUCUGGGAUUUACGAUUUUGAUCAGGACACAGUGUUCAUGCCAUUGGAAAAAUCGAAGAAGAAAAGGAUUCAGCAAUCUCAAGAUUUAAGUGAUUCAAGGGCCUUUCCGAUUGAAAUUAUUGAAUUGAAAGUGUCAUACGUGGGAGAGAACACAGCAUUGGUGAGCUUGAAAUGCAGGAAAAGAAGAGACACGAUGGUCAAGAUUUGUGAGGUUUUUGAAUCUUUGAAGCUCAAUGUUGUCACUGCCAAUAUCACUGCUUUUCCUGACACCCUUUUCAAGACACUCUUCAUUCAGGCGGAUGAAGAAGAAAUAGACGUUAUGAAGUUACAAAUUCACACAGCCCUUUGUGCUCUAAAUGACCCUCUAAGUUCAAUGAGCACCUAGUGUUAUCAUUUUAUGUGUAUUUUCUUUUGAUUUUGUAAGCUUUCUUCAAAGUAAAUGGGCCAUACAUAUGUUUUUUGGUAGAAAAAAUCCACUGAAGCCUCUUACUUUAUAGAAAAUAAAGAAAAAUCAUGUAAACGAAUAAUCCUUAGUGUGUCCUCCCACUCCUUAUAUUCUUUUUCUUUUUCUUUGUAAUUUACUUUUUUGCCAUUGGUCAAUGGUGAUAGAAAAUUGUUCUUUUUAAUUUUUUCUGA